AUGAACCGUGUUGCCAGCAUGAGUACGACCGCACUCAUGCUGGACAUCACGCCUGCGUGCCUGUCACCACGUGCCAUAAAGCGGUCGGACCCGGAGGCGUUGAAGCGGGCGGCCAGGGAGGUGGCGGACCUCACGCCCGAGGAGCUGGAGGCCAAGAGAAAACACAUCCGCGACGUGGUGGACGCCAUGCGCAUGCCGUCCCCUGGCGACCUCAUGCGCGCCGCCAUCGCCCACAUCGCCCCCGCUGCUGCUGCCGCUGCCAAUGAUGGGGGGGCGCCAGGGGAGCAGGGGGGAGGGGAGGAGGCGGGAGGAGGGGAGGAGGAGCAUGAGCGCGUGGUGGGGGCGCUGCAGGAGCUGGCGCAGCUGGUGGAGCCCGUGCAUGCCGCCAAUGAUCUGCACAAGCUGGGCGGGCUGGCACCAAUGGGGGCGCUGCUGGAGCAUGGGAGCAGCGAGGUGCGCGGCAUGGCGGCACUCGUGGUGGGCAAGGCGGCGCAGAACAACCGCCAAGUGCAGCGCCAGGUGUUGGACACGGGUGUACUCCAAGCACUCUUCAUGCGCCUGCACGCACCGCAGCCCACCCCCCCAGUGGGCGAGGAGGAGCACGCCAGGCUGCUCUUCGCCCUCUCUGCUGCCAUCCGCGGCCACGUGGCAGCCACCCAUUGGUUCUACCGCCAAGGUGGUGUGGGCCUGCUGGCCCGCCUGCUAUCGCUACCAUCCCCCCGCACGCAGCGCAGGGCGCUCUUCCUGCUCGCUGACCUCGCUGACAGUGUGGGCGCGCGGACAGGGGGCGAGGGGCAAGAGGACGAGAAGGAGGAGUUGAGGAUGGCGGUAGGGUUGAAGGGUGAGGGGGACAGUGAGGAGGGUAAUAUGGGGGAGGAGCAAGGAGGGGAGGAGGCGCAAGGAGGGGAGGAGGCGCAUGGAGGGGAGGAGGCGCAUGGAGGGGAGGAGGCGCAUGGAGGGGAGGAGGCGCAAGGAAGAAGAGAAUGGUUGGCAGAUGAGGCGCUGAUGAGGGUGGUGGUGGGGCUGCUAGGGGGGAAUGAGGGGGCGAGUGGGGAGGGGCAGGGGGCAGUGUGGAGUAGGAGUGAGGAUGGCAGCAGCACGUGGGACCUGGACAUGCUGGAUAAGGCGGCAGCAGCGCUGCACAGCCUGCUGGGCGCCUCUCUGGCCACGCGGCAAGUGCUGCUUGCAUGCUGCAGCCCCGCGCUGGCAGUGGACCGCGUGAGGGCAGCGCUGCAGGCGCAUGUGGGGGAGGUGCAGCGGGGAGGAGACGAGGCGGAGUAUGAGCAGGAGGUGGCGGGGCGCCUGGCGUCGCUGCUGCUCGCCUUGCAGGCACCUGAGAGAGGGGUGGAUGCUCGGUCCCACUAG